AUGCUGCGCACAACUGGGCUUUCCUCUGUUGCAAUGGCCGGUGUGUUGCCAGCGCCCGAUACGGGUGUAGAUCUUCCCCUGUGGGAAUCGAUGCGCUAUGCCCACGCGGCCAUGUUCUGCUCGUUCGGCGAGGAAGAUUUGGCUACCAGUGAUGGAGCGAUGAAGGACCGCUGGCUCAUUAAGCUUGGUGAAUCCUUUACUGGUGGCCAGUCCACCGACCUGCCUGGCUGCAGUGUCACUGAGGAUACAACGUGUGAUAGACCAGACGGCUCGAAAAACUGUACCGCGAUAUUUGAUAACGCUGAUGCGACCACCUUUGAUAAAGCCUCUUUUUGGAUUUUCAAGGCCGUGGUCGGCGUCCAGUCCAAACUCUCUAAGCUGCGAUCGAGACUGAAAGAGGAAACCCUCUUCCUCGACCUGGAGCUCAAGUCGCUGAUCAAAGAGCUCGGCGGAGACAAGCCUGAAUCUAAAGCCCAAGCAUCGUGGAUCGCCGCGGCUCUUGGCAUUGGUGAGGCCCUGAUUGGAAAAGCAUCGGGGAUGGGUACCAUCGCAGAUAUUGGCUUCACCCUCUUUAACGGCUUGAUAGACAUGGCCGGUGAUCAGACCGCAGAUGAGGGCGACCUGCAGGCCUCAUUGACCAAGGUUUCACGCUCUAUGGGUUCCAACAUUGAUGAUAUGCUCUCCGUCGCGAUGGGGGGUGGCAAGGGAGAUGACUAUGACAAGCUUCCUAUUCAAUCCAAGGGCUCCUACAAGAACAAGGUUGCUCAAUUUUUCAACCCUGGCUUCUGGCUUCAAAAUAAUGAUGCUGGUCUGGUGAAAGAGAUGAUGGAUGCUGCGGUUUCGAAUUUGCGGGCUAAGAUGGUUGAUGAGAUUCUCAGCGCCAAUGGGUGGUACGUCUCUUGGUACGUCUGGCGAAACUCAGAGGAUAAGUGUCCAAAGGAACAAGGAUUUGAAUGGGUCAAGGCAGGCUCUGAUUACUACUGCGUGAUUCUAAUCUAUCUACUAUAA